AUGGCGUCGCUCGUGAAGUCGCUCGCGGCCACAUGGCUUCUUGUGGCCGCACUGCCGCAUCAGGUCGUCGCGCAGUCCAGCGAUGGAACAGCGGACAGCAAUGGUUGCACUCGCUCUGUCAUCAAUGGCUUCCAGAAUCCCUCGUUUGAGACUGGAGAUAUGUCGAGCUGGACGCAGAUGUCUGCCCGCAACGUCCCAUUGACUGGCGAGGUUUUACGAGGGGGUGCAGAAGAUGGAGACUAUUUCUAUCGGGUGCAGCCGACGAACAUCUGGUCUUACCUGAUGCAGCCGGUCACCGGGUUCGAUCUGACCUCCACCUACACGAUGACGGUCUCUUAUAAGUUCGAGCUCACCGGCCCAGCCCCGGCCCUCCCCCAGUAUAACUGUUACCUCGGCCUGGGUCUCGACGGCUGGGGUUUCUGGCCUGUACCCCAGAGGACGACUGUCCUCCCGUCAGCGCACGGCACCGAUCCCGACUGGUCUACUUAUACCAUAUCAUUCAAGCCCAAGGCCACAUCGCAGUUGGUUUACUUCGACUUCGCAUGUGCGGACAGCAUGGUCUUAAUGAGCGUCGACAACUUCCAGUUAUCGAUGGGGGAAAUUGAAUCUUGUCCGGUCUCAACACCGACCGUCUCGCCAACUUCGGUGUCUUUAACUGCGGUAUCCACUCCAGUCGCUUCGUCGACAAAUGUGAUAUCUCCUCCAGCUCUGUCCAGCAGCACUGCAGUUCCUAGCAGCUCUGCAGUUCCCAGCAACUCUGCAGUUCCCAGCAGCUUCGCAAGUUCCAGUGGCACUCAAAGCUCCAUUAUGCCCAGCAAGCCAGCCACCCCCCCUGUUUUGACUCCUAGCGUCGGUUUGUCUUCGUCAUCGGCACCUGUGAAGAUUUCUGUCUCGACCCCACAAUCAGCACUACCGGCGAGCGGUACGAUUGUGAUCAACUCAUCGAGUGCUCAGCCCUCUUCAUUCAUGACCAGGUCAUCUUUCACUGUGAUGAGUGAGAAAACGCCAAUAAAGACCCCCUCUACACCAUUUGUCUUGCGUCCAACCCCCGCGUCCUCGUUCAUUGUCAGUACCAGCCAGCGGACAUCCCCUGUCGUCUCACUUACUACUUCCAUCAUCCUCUCUACGCGUGUCUCCACCAUCACUUCUUGUCCAACUGCCCAGCCCCAUUGCCCUGUCCAGUCCCGCACCACUUCCAUCACGACUGAAACUGUCGUCGCAUACACCACAACUUGUCCCGCGAAGUCCACUCAGAGUGAUCAAGCGCCAUCAACAGAGUCCACGUCGAGCAUCUUCUCGACGCGUUUGGCCACUGUUACCCGCUGCCCGGGGCAUUCCAAGUACUGCCCACUACCUCAGAGAAAGACCACCAUCACUACGGAGACCAUCUUGGUCUCCACGACUGUUGUCCCUGUCGAGGCCACGCGUACUGUCACCGCGACUGUGUAUGUAACAGCCGCAGCCCCGGAGAUGUCCACUCACACGACCACUGUCUUCGUGACGGAGACACAGAUCGCUUUCGUGACUUCCUGCCCUGGGGUGUAG